AUGGAUCAAUCAAGUCGCAUCAAUGAUGUUCGGGAUGGCAAUGGGGACCUGGCGCAAUCUUUGAAUCGCCUAACCAUCGCAACCUCUUCACCCGCCGCCAAAACACCCCGCUCUGCCUGUCCCGCUGGACCUACCCCCCUAAAACCAGUCGCCGACCAUUCCCGGUCACCAAAUUCACCGCGCCCGAGCAGUGCGAUGCACAGUCCCUUUCGCAGCUCUUCCGCUUCCGUUGUUCCAUCCUCCCGAUCUGCGACUCCAACCUUGUUGCGUAAGGCGUCCAUGAACUCGCUGCAUUCCGUCAACGGCAUCACUCCAUCCCGCCGCGCGAGCUCCGCCAACAUCCCGACGCCGAACAGGACCAGGUCAGCCAGGUCGCCCCUCCGGAGCAUGUCUCCAGAGGUGCCAGAGAAGCCCAUCCCGACACCCCAUUCCGUUGCCAGCGAGCACUUCAAGGCCGAGCUGGAUACCCACCAUGGCCCCGAACCUACCCGUCGAGCCGAGACUGUGGUUAUCCUUCAAGAUGCCUGCUAUGGACAUCGUUUCUCCCGCCCUCGGGCGUCGCGUGCGCAGCUUAGCACCAUCGUUGAGCGGCCCGAGAGGAUCAAGGCCUGUGUUUUGGGUGUCUCAGCAGCAUAUGUGAGGUUGGGCGAGCGGCAUCAGGACGGCGCGUUCCCUCUCCACCCGGAGGCGGAUGCCGCAUCGCUUCCCUCGAUUCCGUUCCGGAUUCAGAGAUCAAAUCGGCGCCUAUCACUGGGAUCGCAAACGGUGACCAACGUGCAUGGAACAAAGUGGAUGGAGGAGCUUAAGAUGAUGUGUGAAACAGCCGAAGCAAAACUCGCUGGUGGCGGUAGAGAACUCCAGCGGCCGGAUAUGGACCGAGGCGUGAAUGCGGAAGUGCCGCAAAAGUUUCACGAGGGCGACUUGUAUCUCUGCUCGGAGUCGUUGGAGGCCAUGGAAGGGGCGCUCGGGGGCGUUUGUGAUGCCGUCGAUGCAGUCUUCAGGCCCCAAGGACCCCAGCGGGCGUUUGUCGCGAUCCGACCACCGGGACAUCACUGCUCCGCGUCCCAUCCGUCCGGCUUUUGCUGGGUCAAUAAUGUCCACGUCGGUAUUAUGCACGGCGUACUGAGCCAUGGCUUAACACAUGCCGCCAUCAUCGACUUUGACCUGCAUCACGGGGACGGCUCCCAGGCGAUCACCUGGCAGCACAAUGCGCGAGGUGUCGGUUUGGCCAAGAACGCGGCCUGGUGGAAGAAGACAUCGAUUGGCUAUUUCAGCCUACACGAUAUCAACUCGUAUCCGUGUGAGAUGGGCGAUGAAGACAAGGUUAGGAACGCAAGCAUCUGCAUCGACAACGCGCACGGCCAGAGUAUAUGGAACGUCCACCUGCAAUCUUGGCAGACUGAGGCCGAUUUCUGGGCCCUGUACGAGUCCAAGUACGGGGUUCUCCUCGAGAAAACGCGUGCUUACCUGAAGAGCCACACAGAGCGGCUAAGGGCGUCCGGCUUGAAUUCGAGGGCAGCCAUCUUCCUCUCAGCCGGCUUCGACGCGAGCGAAUAUGAAGACCCCGGUAUGCAGCGGCAUAACGUCAAUGUGCCGACCGAGUUUUACGCGCGCUUCACCCGCGACGUGGUGCGUAUGGCGGCGGAAGAAGGGACGAGCGUUGAAGGCCGCAUCAUCAGCGUCCUCGAAGGUGGCUACAGCGACCGUGCGCUCUGCUCCGGCGUUUUCAGCCACCUCUGUGGUCUCGCCGGAGAUGGGCCGAGCAACAAGGACCAGGAGUUCGGCGGCGCAGCCUCUGAGAUGGGCCAGAAACCCAUCCAGCAGCGCGCUCGGAAAGACUCGUGCGCGAGCGAGCGAGGUGCCCGGCGGUAUGAGUCGUCGUGGUGGUCCGCUGAUGAACUUCAACAACUCGAGUCCACUCUUAUUACUCCUUUGCCGGUGCCAAAGCCAGUUCGCACUUCACCGCCGCCGACAUACUCGUCGCCGACCCAAGCAUCACAGGCAAGGGCUAUAAAUUCGAGGAAUCGGAGCUCAUCUGGGCUGUCCCCAGUCAAUGCAGUGCACAGAAUCUCGUUCCAGCCGCCUCCGCCGCCGGAUGUGCCCUGGACUGUCGCCACCUUCGAGCUGAGCAAGUUACUGAUUCCAAGUGCGCGUCAGACAACCAGCUGCACUGCCGAAGAGCUCAAUGCUGAAGCCACGAGGGCCAGACGCGAGCGCCAGGCUGUCCUCGCGGGGUCUCUACCUCCAAUAGUAUCUCCUGUGGAAGACCGGCCGUCAACGAGGAUGGGGCUGAGGGAACGGAAGCCGAAGCCGCAGCGUGUGGACGAUGACGACCGUAGCAGACGGAAAACGGUGGCGGGACCGACUGUCCUUGCUGCAGAGGCUGGCUCACGCGCAUCCACUCCCGUCCCUGGUAAGCAAUCCCGUUCGUCACGACGCCUUAGUGCGGCGUCAACUGUUGUGUCGUCUGCCUCGGAGACCGUGGAUGCGGCACCGCCCGUUCCUCGGAUUGUACCGGUCCGCGGCAACUCCAAGACAGAUGUUACGGGCAGACCCGGGACUGCAAUGAGCGUCGCAAGCCCCAGUGGCAACAACCUGAAUGUGAAGAAGACGCGGGGUCCGGCAAAGAAAGAAGCAGUCCCGCGAGCACCGAGGGGCACCAAGAAGUCCGCGGCGUCCACAAAUGGAGCAGCAACACAGCCAGCUCCUUCCACGGCCGCCGCUGACUCUCCAUCAACUGACAAGCCCGGUGAUGAGGUCGACAAGCUAGCCGGCCAGAUGAAGAAGAUCAAGAUCACGGUCGUCACAAAGGCGCAGAAAGAAGCUCGUGAGCGGGAACGGUUGGCAAGGGAGAAACUCACCAAGGCGGAAACCAUUCCGAUGCCUUCGCCACCACCGGCCGACGAACCUCUUCCACGGCCCGACACAGCAACCCCGAACAUGAUCAUAGCGAACGCCCAGAACCACCCCUCCGCAACUCCCUCGUCGCCGUUGCCAUUCCCCCAAAUUCAUACCCCCAUCGGCCCGUCAACCCCCGCCACAGAAACUUCCACGCACCCAUCCUUCCUCUCCCCACCACAAACCGACCCGCACGGCACCCCCCUCCCUGCAAGCUCCCCGCCGCCAUCCAUGGACAUGAGCAUGAGCAGCCCCAUCUCUGAGGCACCGCCGCCGCCUCCAACGGCCAUGGACAAUUUCAUCCCCUACCAGCCCGACGGGCCCACGCCGGGAUCGCGGCCAGCUUCUGUGCCAGGGGAAGAUCAGAAACAACAGCAGAAGCCGCUGCAGUGGCUGCCGCCAAAUGUGUGUGCCACCCCUGUGCCGUCGUCUGUUAGGAGGGGGGACUUGCCGGUGUUUAGUAGCACGGGCGUCAUUCCUUUUGGGCCGAGGCCUGGGGCGGGUGUGGAGGGGGGCGGUGAGAGAGGCGAAGGAAAGUAA